CGUAUACUUAAAGAUAAAAUUUUUAUUUGUCAUAUAUUCUUUCGCUAUUUCUAAAGUGUUUCUCAUCAUUUAUUUUUCAAAGUUUGAAAAUUCACAUUUUGUGAAUAAUAUUUACUAUGAAAUUCUCUAUAAUUAUCGUCUUCUUACUUGCUUAUUGCUCGUUAUGUGUUUUUGCUGAGGAAUUUAAAGGCCCUUUAGAGGAUGUAUUAAAGGAGAAAUUAAAUUUAUCAGGCGAACAAUUUUUAAAAAAAUGUCAAGCCAAAGGAGAAUUAAUUGUUAACCAACUAAUGAAAAGUCGUGAUACGUCUAAAAAAAUUGCAAAUGCUUUAGCUAAUGAUAUUUUUUAUCGUGUAACAAUAUCAUCAGAUGCCAAUGAACAUACAUGGAAUAGAAUUGUUAUUAAUCGUUGUGGUACUAAUGAAGCAGUUAGAAUUUUGUCACAUUUGAGUAUUGAUAAUAUCAAUCUUUGUUUAGAUAAAAAUGAACAAUUAGUUGGUGAUAAAAAAAAAGAUUCUGGACAAGCUAUUUUUAAGGGAUAUUGUGCAGCUAUCAAAAAAUUAGCCAAGGAAAAGUAUAACGCUCAAUAAGAAUAAUUAUUGUGGAAACUACAUUUUUAAAUUUUAAACAAAGAAUACUUGGAGUAAUAAAUUAAUUAGUAAUGAUAA